GCCAAGCUUUGUAUUCUCAACCUAAAGUUAAAGUUCAUAGUCUCUUACCUUUUUUGUGCUCCUUCCUAGGAAACCUCAAGUCCUGGCCUCAUGUUCUUGCGACCUUCAGCUCUGACUCUAAGUCCUCAGUUUUGGAUCCUGCCUCAGCCUAAGUACUCAAACCUCAGAAGAAACCCAGUUUGGUUCAAUCUCCAGCUGACCGCUCAAUACCAGCUCUGCCAGUGUGCUCAGGUGGGGGACUGGCAAAGUGCUAAGUCUAUUUACGAAUUCUCUGCAAAGGACAUUGACGGGAAUGAGGUAUCUCUGGACAAAUACAGGGGUUAUGUUUGCAUCAUUGUAAAUGUAGCCUCUAAAUGAGGAAAGACUGCGGUAAACUACACUCAGUUUGCGAGAAUGCACGCCUCGUACGCUGAGCAAGGUUUACGCAUCCUGGGCUUCCCAUGCAACCAGUUUGGAGGACAGGAACCAGGGACAGAUGCAGAGAUUAAGGAGUUUGCCAAAGGUUACAAUGCAGAGUUCGAUCUCUUUAGUAAGAUUGAUGUGAAUGGUGACAAUGCUCACCCUCUGUGGAAAUGGAUGAAGGCACAGCCCAAAGGAAAAGGAACCUUUGGAAAUAGCAUCAAAUGGAACUUCUCAAAGUUUUUGAUAAACAGGGAGGGGCACGUGGUGAAGAGAUACAGCCCCACUGAUGAUCCAGUAGUGGUGGAAAAGGACUUGCCAAAGUACAUGUAGUAAUGCUGACCUCUCACGUGGACUUCAGGGUAUUUGUGUGUGGAUCUGGACCAGUGACGGACCUGUCUGUAAACUCAUCCUUGGGGUGGGCAGGGCCUGAUGACCCCCAGCGUGCAACUUAUUUCCAGAGAGCGCUCACUUCAAACCUGGUAAAGACCACUUGAAAGGACACUUGCUAGUUAGGCAAACUAGAUGGUUUGCAUCAUGGAUUACACUAGAAAGAGUCAUUCUUUUGAAGUAUAAAUAACAAACACACCUCGUCCAGGAAGAUGUUGGCUUAUCUGUCGUUAUAUGUGCGUUUUAAUGUGAGAACAUAAAUGCCAUAGAGAACUUGGCUUUCUGUAGAACUACUGAUAGUUUAGUUUGCACUUGUCAAAAAGAUUAUGGUUCAAAAUCACAUCGGCGAUUUAUGAAAUAAAUUGAAAAAUAAAAUGCUUUCAUGAA